AUGCCUAGAGUCCAACAAAUUUGCUGCAUCGGUGCUGGAUACGUCGGCGGUCCUACUUGCGCCGUGAUCGCACUGAAAUGCCCUCAUAUCCGGGUCACCAUCGUUGACUUGAACCAAGCCCGCAUCGAUGCCUGGAACUCGCCAGACUUCAACCUGCCCAUAUAUGAGCCUGGUCUGGAGGAUGUCGUUCGCCAGGCUCGCGGACGCAACCUCUUCUUCAGCACCGAUGUUGAUAAAGGCAUUCGGGACGCAGACCUCAUUUUCGUAUCUGUGAACACUCCGACCAAAAAAAGCGGUGUCGGUGCUGGCUUCGCUGCAGACUUGAACUACGUCGAGCUCGCUACUCGGCGCAUCGCAGCUACGGCGACAUCAUCAAAGAUCGUCGUCGAAAAAUCUACCGUACCUUGCAGGACCGCGGAGUCCAUGCGCACCAUCCUCGACGCCAACAGCAAGCCCAACGCACGCUUCGAUAUCCUCUCAAACCCUGAGUUCCUCGCUGAAGGAACCGCCAUCGACGAUCUCUUUGCUCCUGAUCGCGUGCUGAUUGGCUCUUUGCAGACACAGGAGGGUAAGGAGGCCUGCGCGGCGCUCUCCGAAGUUUAUCAGAAUUGGGUCCCCAAAGAAAGGAUUCUGACUGUCGGCCUGUGGUCUUCUGAGCUCUCGAAGCUGGCUGCGAACGCCAUGCUUGCGCAGCGCAUCAGCUCCGUCAACGCACUUUCCGCCAUCUGUGAAGCCACAGGCGCCAACAUCGCCGAGGUCGCUCACUCCAUCGGACAAGACUCACGCAUUGGCCCGAAAUUCCUUCGUGCAUCCGUUGGUUUCGGAGGUAGCUGCUUCCAGAAGGAUAUUCUCAACCUUGUCUACCUAUCAGAGAGCCUCAAUUUAAAAGAAGUAGCUGAGUACUGGAAACAGGUGGUAACGAUGAAUGAAUACCAGAAGAGGAGGUUUAGUAAGCGGGUUGUGGAUACCCUGUUCAACACUAUCACUGGCAAGCGCAUUGCGGUUCUUGGCUUUGCGUUCAAAGCUGAUACGGGUGACACCCGUGAGUCAGCUGCCAUCACGCUUAUCCGCGACUUCCAGCAAGAAAGGGCUCUUGUCAACAUCUAUGAUCCUCAAGUUGAGUCGAACCAAAUAUGGGCAGACCUCAACGAGGCUAGUCCUGAUGUGCCCCUUGAAACGAUUCAACGUCAAGUCUCUGUCUGCUCUUCUGCAUUGGAAGCCUGCAAGAAUGCUGAGGCAGUCAUUAUCGCCACUGAGUGGGCCGAAUUCAAGACGAUUGAUUGGCAAGCCGUGUACGCGGGUAUGAACAAGCCUGCAUUUGUCUUUGAUGGGCGGUUGCUUGUGGAUGCAGACAAGCUUAGGUCAAUCGGCUUCAAGGUGACUGUUAUCGGCCGUGGAGAACGCCUCUAG